CGUCACUUCCUUUCCUUAGGCCGACCCGUAACCCUCAUGUGGAGACGUAACAAAAGGGAAUUCAUUGGUUGAAUUCCACUAUUUCUACCCAUCUACUAAUUGUAAAUGUGAAACAUAUACGCCAUCAGGAUGUCGCGAUCCUACCAAAGACCCGAGAAUGCCCUCAAGAGGGCGAGUGAGUUUAUCGAUGUUGGGAAACCCAACCGUGCCUUGGAGGUCCUCUAUGAGGUCAUCAAGCGCGGGAAGAUGCGAAACACCUUCUCGGAAAAGUUACUUGAACCCAUUAUGUUCAAGUAUCUCGAGUUGUGUGUGGACCUCAAGAAAUCGCACUUGGCCAAGGAAGGUCUAUAUCAGUACCGGAACAUUUUUCAGAGUGUGAAUGUGUCUUCAUUGGAAACGGUGGUACGUCAUUAUCUAUCUCUUGCCGAAGAGCGAACUGAGGCAGCACGAAGAGAGAGCCACCAGGCAGUCGUCGAUAUUGAUGAUUUGGAUCAGCUAGCAACUCCAGAAGAGAUCCUGCUGUCAGCUGUCUCGGGAGAAGAUGCUCAGGACCGUAGUGACAGGACAAUAUUGACCCCAUGGGUGAAAUUUUUGUGGGAGUCUUAUCGUCAGUGUUUGGAAUUACUGAGGACCAACUCUCGCGUGGAACGUCUUUAUCAUGAUAUUGCUAAACAGGCGUUCAAGUUUUGUGAGAAGUACAGUCGCAAGACUGAAUUCAGGAAGCUAUGCGAUAACUUGCGCACCCAUCUUUCACACAUCCAGAAGCAACAGGGUUCUGCAACUGCUGUUAAUCUGAAUAACCCAGAGACUCAGCAGAUGAAUCUUGAAACUAGACUAGAGCAGCUCAAUUAUGCAAUCAAGAUGGAAUUGUGGCAAGAAGCAUACAAAGCAAUUGAAGAUAUCUCGGACUUGAUGAACAAGUCUAAGAAGAUGCCCAAGCCACACGUUAUGGCCUCCUAUUAUCAGAAACUGAGUUUGGUGUUCUGGAAGGCUGGUAACCAGCUUUUCCAUGCUGCAGCUCUCUUUAAGUUGUUCCAGCUUCUCAGGGAUCAAAAGAAGAAUAUCACAGCCGAAGAAGUUAGUAAACGGGCAUCCAUAGUCCUACUUGCUUGCCUAGCCAUUCCUUUACCAUCGGCCCAUCCAGAGUUCGAUCGUUUUAUUGAAACAGAGAAGUCUGCUUUGGAAAAAAUUGACAAAUUGGCAACACUUCUGUCUCUCCCAAAGCCACCUACCAGGGCAUCGCUGAUAAGAGACCUCAUCCGGUUCAAUGUAGUGAAUGCUGUACCUCUAGAGCUGCAGAACCUUUACAAGCUCAUGGAGGUUGAAUUUGAUCCUCUUAAUCUCUGCAAUAAGAUGAAAACACAUUUGGAGUGGAUUCAAGAGCACCCUGAACUAGGUUUGACUCAGUAUGUCUCAGCCUUGCAAGAAAUGACCAUAACCCGUUUAGUGAAACAAGUGUCUCAGCUGUAUCAGAGCAUAACUUUCAAAAGGCUGCUUGAACUGAGCAUUUUUGUCAGUGCUUUCCACCUGGAACGUAUCCUUGUGGAUUUGGUCCGCCACAAUGAUCUCCAGAUACGCGUUGAUCAUCGAAGUGAGUGCGUACACUUUGGGGCUGACCUGAGUGAAUCUCAGCGAGAGGAUUUACCGGAAGGGCCAAUGCUUCAGUCUCUGCCAUCUGAAACCAUCCGUUGCCAGCUAGUUCAGAUGGGAUCGGCCUUGCAGUCCUGUUUAGCCCUUAUUGUUCCUGAUAGUAAAAAGAAGGAAAUGGAGUCCAUGAGGGCACAGACCAUUCAGUACUACAAUCAGACAAAGCAGCGAGAUCACAUGAAAAUCUUACAGCGACAACAUAUCAUUGAAGAAAGGAAGGAAAUGUUGGAAAAUCAGAAUUUGGAACGCGAAGAGAGCAUCAGGCGUGCUCAGGAAGAACAACUGAAGAAACAGAGGGAAGAGGAGCAGUUGAGACUGGAACGUGAAGCAAGCAGGCGCGAAAAAGCUCGACAGGAAGAGCAGAUGAAGAUCAUCCACACCAAACAGAUAAAGGAGCGCCUGGAACAGAUGAAGAACACCACCAUUGGUCAAAAGAUGAUGGAGAGGUUUGGAGAUGAGAACCUUGUUGGGUAUUCGGGUUCAGAACCCAGCAGUUCUUCAUACAUGGAACUGAUCACGCUUGGUGCAGAAGAAAUCCUCCAGAGGCAGGUAGAAGAACUGGAGAAGGAGAGACAAGACUUGCAGAAACGUUUGAGGUCCCAAGAGAAGAAGGUCGAUUAUUUCGAGAGAGCUAAGAGGCUCGUAGAAAUCCCAUUACUGAAGGAAAUGUUGGAAAAGGAGAAGGAACGAGACAAGGAGUUCUGGAAAUGUCAAGAAGAGGAACGUGUGAAGAAACUUAUAGAAGAACACCAGGUAAGUCUUGAGCACAGCAAACGACUUCUCCGAAUGCACGAGGACAGAGACGAGUUCUUGAGCCAGUUGAAGUCCUCAAGGCGCUCCGAAAUCGAGAAGAAGUUGAACGAUUUCAAUGCGCGACUUGAAGUGGAGCGGAAGAACAGACUAGCUGAAAGGAAGGAACAGAGGCGGCGUGAGAGGCGCGAGACCUAUUACCGCAUCAAAGCGGAAGAAGAGCAGCGUCGUAAAGAUGAGGAACUCAAAAAGCAACGCGAGGACGAGGAGAGACGUGAACGCGAGCAGAGAGAGAAAGAGGAAGCUGAGUACAUGGCCAGGAAGGCUGUGCUUGACCGUCAGGCUGAGCUACAGAGAGAACGUGAGAGGGCUAUAGAGGAAAAACAGAAGCAAGAGCAGAUGUCUCGCCGUCCAGCUGCUGAUGAUGGAUGGCGCCGAGGAGGUGCUCGUGAAGAAGGAGGGCGAGAAGGACCUCCUCCACCAAGACGACCCGAUCCGGAAGAGGCUGCACCGGAAGCUGGUGGUGGUGGUAGUGCUGAUGGUGGUGUUGGGGCUGGUGGUGGUGUUGGUGGUGAACGUUCCGGAGUAUGGAGAGCUGGCGGAGGUUCAUGGCGAGAGAAGGAAAGAGAAAAACUGGAUGCCUGGCGUAGAAAGGAUGAUGGAGAAGAAAGGCCCACUGCAGAUGAACCACCCGUUAGUAGACCACCGGUGGUGAGGGAUGAACCACCUCCAAGGGACCGAGGUAAUAGGGAUAUUCGUCAGGAUGAACCUCCUCCGCCACCCAGGGAUCGUGGGAAUCGAGACAUCAGGAGAGAUGAGCCGCCAAGAGAGUUCAGGCGGGACAGAGAUGACCGAUUUGGUCGUGACCGAGAUCGGGACCGUGAGGACCGAUUUGGCGGACGAGAAGAUAGAGACAGCGGUGGAGACUGGAGGCGUGGUCCUGCAAGACCUGAAAGAGACUUUGGUGACAGGGAGAGAGACAGAGGUGACAGAGACAUCAGACGGGACAGGGACAUGGGUGACCGAGACUUCCGGCGGGGUGGGGGCAGAGACUUCGGCCGUGACAGUGAUCGCGACAGAGACUUUGGACGUAGCGAUAGAGACCGUGACUUUGGUGGCAGAGGAAAUUGGGAUAGGGAUCGUGACCGUGAAAGAGAUAGAGGAGACUUUGGACGGAGUGACAGAGAGAGAGACUUCGGAAGGGGUGGUGACAACAGGGAAUUUGGAAGGGGCGGUGAUAGAGACAGAGACUUUGGAAGGGGCGGUGACAGAGACAGAGACUUUGGCCGCCGAAGAAUGGAUGCGGAUGAUAGAAGAGAUGCUGUGGGUGGACCCUCUAGAUCGGAUGAGAGUGGAUCUUGGCGGACUGCUGCUCCCCCCGCAGCAAGGGAACGUCCUCCUCGUGAGGAUCGUGACCGAGGGGGAGAGAAAAGGGAGGAAGCGCCUCGAGAGGAAAGGCGCAGUGCUUGGCGCACAAGAGAAGACAGUCGCAAGGAGGAGCCACGUCCAGAGAAGACCAGACCACCACGUGAAGAGCCUGAUGAAGAAGGCUGGACUACCGUUAGGCGUUAAGCUCGUUGAAAUGUCAUGUUCAGUGGUCGUGUUUGAUAAAUUUAAUACGUAUAGCUUUUUUGUUUUCCAUCUUGAGACUGAGGGUAUGUUUUAUAUGUAUAACCAUUAGAUUAACUUUCAUGUAUUUUGGAGAAAGGCUUUUGUGUGUUUUAUUUACAUCAGAGUUGUUUGGUGCUAUUUUGCUGUGAAAAUUUUUAUAAUUUUUUUUUUUUUUUUUACAUUAGAAAUCAUCAUUACAGUUUUUCAUUGCUUCAUCACUCUGAUCUAAAUAACCAGUGAUUUAUGGUUUGAUAGCCCAUAUUUGCGAUUUACUAGUUAGUUUCUGCAAUCAGUGGUUUGUUGUAAGAAUUCUAAGUUAAUGUUUUAAAUAAUUUGCUUGCAUUUGAAGUCACUGUCAUAAUCUUGAAUCAUGCUUGGCUAUAGGUGGUAAUAGGUUCACAAAUGUUUCUCGAAUUGGAAAAUUUCCUGUUACCUUUGGCAUUUUUUCCUUAUUUUCAGCAAGAAAAAGUUUUAAUGGAAGAUUUCCAAGAAAUUUAGGAAUUUUUGCCUUCUCAAGUUGAGCCUCGUACUUGAAAUUGUUGUUUGCAGUUCGUUUCUUGGAAAUUCUGUGACAAUUAAGCAGUUAUUUUUCAGCCAUGUUUAUAUAUAUAUAUAAAUUACAUCAUACACAUCAAUAAAGGUAUUGGUCCC